AUGCAGCUAGUGCAUUUACCAGUAGAGCUUCAGUUGCUCAUUCUGACCGAAGUUCUCGUCGCAGCCGAGCAAGGAUGCAGUAACCUGGUACAGCGUGAUCGUACCCCUUUGUUCAUUUUACCAUUGCUGCUGGCAUGCAAAACUUUUCAUAAUUACCUCAUGACCCACCCACUAUACCACCGCAUACGACUGUGGAUGCAAUUUCGUCAGAUUACGAAGCAAGAUCUUCCGGUGACAAUUGCCAUUUUACAAGGGCCAGGCGAUGGAUUGUUGCGAGCCAACUUUACGAUCCUGGAUAUGCACGUGCGACUCGAGCGAGUUGGCCCCUCCAGCGCAGACCAUGAUCAGCAAGCGUUCUUGGUAUUUGAAGAACAAAACAUGCAAUCUCGAGGUAGACUAAAGCAUACCAAAGUUCAUGACUGGCUGGUCUCAGAAACCGUUCCUAGACCUGGUAAAUCAAGAUUACUGUCAGCCACUGGCUCCGGCAACCCAGAAGAUCUUGUCACCAAGAUACCCAUCUUUCAUUACCAUCAUUUUUUGGAAAAUACGUUAGAGUUUGCAAACAGGAAUGAACUCUGUGUUUGGAUCUGGAAACGUAGUGCAAGAUUUUUCAGUGGACACAAUAUUGGGGUCUUAGUUGGAGGACAUGGAAGAAGGCGCUCAAAUCGAUCAAUAUACCUAUUAGACGAUCGAGAAGAUGAGCCAAUAGACUGCACCAAUGAAUACGGACAUUGCAAAGUAUGUGACAAAUACCAGUCCAAUACGACUGCCCUUCAAUUUCAUUUUGUGGUUGAUUCGCCUAGAAAUGGAUUUUUAGCAUAUGAACGACAGGUCGAACCCCCAAGGAAUUUCACUCAAGACAUGUUGUCAAACAACGUCCAUUUCUUUGCUGGUUUAGGUUAG